AUGAGCCAAAAGCACGAGCCGCCCCCGGCCGGCGUGCACCGGCCCCGGGCCCCCGGCGCCGUCGCCUCCGCCGUCCGACCCAACCUCUUCCGCAGCCAGCUGACGCGACGACCGACAGCGAGCCCCUCCAGCCCGGCGGACACGGUGCGGCCCGACUCGGAGGCGCUGGCGCUGCCAUCAGACAGCCGCGAGAUCGUGGUGAGGAACCAGCAGGGCGAGAUCGAGCUGGGCGACCCGCCGACGCCCAUCGUCGAGACGGACGAGCCCGAGGACCGCGACGAGGGGGGCGAGAAGGAGCGACAGCGGCUCGCAGAGGCGGUCAAGCAUCACAGCAUCAGUCAUGGCAGCGUGCCGGACCAGCCGGAGGGUGAGUAG